AUGCCGCCUCGUGGACGACCUAAGUUGCCUCGUGGUCAACCGCGGACGAGGUCGAUGGCCGAGGGGCCGAGCGGAGUCGGUCCAGCGCCAAGGGAGCAAAUCCAAAGGCUCCAAGAGGCGUUGGAGCGGCAGCAGACGACGGCGGCUCAGGCAGGGGUCGAACCCCCUGCGCCCCCCGUUGUGGUGCCGACAGUGGCUGAGGGAGUAGCGGCGACGGCGACGCCGGUCGCGGCCGUACCAGUGACGGCGAUAGCGGCCGGAUCGGGAACCUCAAAUCCCGAUAGUGCGGCGAUAGAGGCGAAGCGGGAGCGCGCGUUAGAGGCUCUCGUUUUGUUCAAGAAGUUCAACCCACCUAUCUUCGACGGGGAGAAAAUAGAUGCGGCGGUAGUCGAGGCGUGGGUCGACUCGAUGGAGACGCUCUUUGAGGACAUCUAUUCCUUAGAGAAAGACAAAGUACCUCUCGCCACACACUGUCUCGAGAAGGCGGCCAAGGUGUGGUGGAAGCGGGUGAAGUGGGAUCGAUCUUCUGACCUCGCGCCUAUACUUUGGGAGGAGUUUAGGAGGGCGCUGUUUGCCAACUACUUUCCGGACACGGAGAAGCGGAAGUUGCAAGAAAAAUUUCGCAAGUUGAAGCAGGGCGACCAAUCGGUAGGGGAGUACGAGCGGGAGUUCUCCCACAUUAUCGACUACGUCCCGGAUGUAGUUCGUGAUGAUCGGGACCGCGCCAAUUGGUUCGUGCAUGGGCUUCGGCCGGGGAUUCAUCGGGCUGUGCAAAUCCUCAAGCUUCCGACCUUCGCCGAGGCUUUUGAUCGAGCACUGUGGGCGGAGCAGGGCUAUGCCCACGAGCAUAAGGAACGCGAAGCCGCAGCUGAGGCAAAGGAUAAGAGCAAGAAGUGGGCGGCGGGUGGCACCGGGGGCCGGCCGAGUGCAAAGAAACCCCAUCGGUAUCCCCGACCGCAAUCGAAGGGUUGGAGACCCUCCCGUUGCGUUAUUUGUGGCGGUAACCAUCAACCGCCGGCAUGCCCGCAGCGCGAAGGAAAGUGCUUCAAGUGCGGCCAGGGGGGCACAUGA